AUGCUAAUUGAGCGUGGGUUAUUGUCAAUAAUGGCUUCCAAAUGUUCAGGUACAUGGUCGACCUAUAAGACAUACACAACGGCCAAUGGUUGUCCGUUCAUGAAGCCUGAAGGCCCUCCGGCUGAUGGGCGCACACUCGCCCUCAAUGACCACCAUUUGGUAGAAUCGUUGGCUCAUUUCAACCGGGAGAAGAUCCCUGAGCGAGCAGUGCACGCCAAAGGUGCCGCAGCUUAUGGGGAAUUCGAGGUGACUGCCGACAUUUCCGAUAUCUGUAACAUUGACAUGCUGCUAGGCGUGGGAAAGAAGACGCCGUGUGUGACGCGCUUCUCGACUACCGGGCUGGAGCGAGGUUCUGCCGAGGGAAUGAGAGACUUGAAGGGGAUGGCCACCAAAUUCUACACCAAGGAAGGGAAUUGGGACUGGGUGUGCCUCAACUUUCCCUUCUUCUUCAUCCGGGAUCCUCUCAAAUUCCCGAGUCUAAUGCAUGCACAACGACGCGACCCUCGGACCAACCUCCUGAACCCCAAUAUGUACUGGGACUGGGUGACAUCUAACCACGAGUCUCUUCACAUGGUUCUGCUGCAGUUCAGUGACUUCGGCACCAUGUUCAACUGGCGCUCCUUGAGUGGGUAUAUGGGUCAUGCCUACAAGUGGGUUAUGCCGAAUGGCUCCUUCAAAUAUGUGCACAUAUUCCUGUCCUCGGACCGCGGACCCAACUUCAGCCAGGGCGAACAAGCCAAAGACAACUCCGAUCUCGACCCUGACCAUGCUACACGGGACCUGUACGAGGCCAUUGAACGAGGAGACUACCCCACCUGGACGGCCAAUGUGCAGGUGGUGGAUCCGGCCGAAGCUCCCGAUCUCGGCUUCAACAUUCUUGAUGUAACCAAGCACUGGAACCUGGGCACCUACCCCAAGGAUCUUCCAAAGAUCCCUUCACGUCCAUUCGGAAAGUUGACGCUGAAUCGCAUCCCGGAUAACUUCUUCGCCGAAGUCGAACAACUGGCCUUCUCCCCUUCCAAUAUGGUGCCCGGCGUCCUGCCCUCGGAAGAUCCCAUCCUCCAGGCGCGCAUGUUUGCCUAUCCAGACGCCCAGCGCUACAGGCUCGGCCCCAACCACCACAAAAUUCCCGUUAAUCAAUGCCCAAUGACUUUCAACCCAACUCUUCGUGACGGUACGGGCACUUUUGACGCCAACUAUGGAUCUUUGCCUGGCUACGUGUCCGAAUCGCAGGGCGUGAAUUUUGCACGUCCCCAGGAGCACGACCCCAAGUUCAACGCAUGGCUGUCGCAGCUCUCAUCCAGGCCCUGGAUGCAGACCAACGAGAACGACUAUAAGUUUCCGCGGGACUUUUACAACGCGCUGCCUGAGUUCCGGAGCCAGGAGUUUCAAGAUAAAAUGGUGGAAAAUAUCAUUGCGUCGGUGGCCCAGACUCGCAGGGAGAUUCGCGAGAAGGUCUACCACACCUUCCAUCUGGUUGAUCCGGAGCUGUCUGCACGGGUGAAGCGAGGGGUGGAGAAGAUGGAUGCGUCUUUCAAACAAGUCUCUCUUUCCAGGCUCUGA